AUGGUCUUCCUGGGCUUCAUCCUGCAGCUGUGGCAGUUGGCAACAGCCUCGCGUAGUGCCGAGGCUGAUGAAUCCGCGUUGUUGAGCUAUGCCGUGAGCCAUACUCCGAACUCACCCACUAUCGCUGUCGUGGCCGGAUGCAUUCCGGAGGACCCUCACUACAGCAUGGUUUGUCCCAUUGCAAAAGAGAACUUUGCAGCCUACGUGGACUAUCAAAAUGCCUUGAAAACGCGAAAUGAGAAGCUUCGGAGUGAAGAGGAAGCAGCAGAAGCUUUAAGCAUGGAGACCAAGAAGUAUGCUUACAAGCUAUUCUGGUUUGACGCCAAACCAACUGGGGCCGAAGAUCGUGUCGCCGCGUGGUCCAAGGUCCCAGCCUUACAGGCAGCUUUGAAGGAUCCCGAUGUUCAUUUUGCCUUCUGGAUCGACAGCGAUUCGCUCUUUAUGAACUUUGAUGAACGAUUGGAACACUUACUCCCCAACGGUGAGAACCAUGUGUCCUUCAGUGGAGGGCCCUUCUGCUUCUUGAACGCUGGACAUAUGAUGUUCAAGAAUGAUGCUUGGACAGAGACUUUCCUGAAGGAAGUCUGGGAGACUUAUCCAGCACCAAGGCCUUAUGAAGAACAAUCUGCGAUGGUCUACGUCCUGUGGAAGCAUUCAUCACCAGAGAAAGCUCGAAAAUGUCGUGAGAAGACGGUGAUCUUGCCCUAUUCGCCCUUAGGAUGUUGCAAUGGCACUGGGAUCUUGGGUGCUGAGAUGCGUGCGUUCAACGUGAUGAAUGAAAAUGCGGGGUCCUUCCAACCCGGACAUUUCCUUUUGCACUUUCCAGGCAAGCCAGAGAAGAAAGCUCAACGAAUGGCAGACUACUCAAAGCGGGUCUUGAAGCCUAGCGAGUCCAUUAGCUUGCUCAAAACUGGCAAGCCCAGGAUGACACUACAAACGGGCCAAGAAGUCUUCGCUACGCGUGCGAACAAGAAUGGUCACGAGUGGUAA